AGAUGCAUGGGAUUAUUGAAUAUACGAUUUUACAAUAGUGCAUGUCGGCGUCGUUUAUUUUGUUAAUUAAUAGUGCUUAUUUCAUAGUUUCGUUACCUUUUACUAAAUUAUCAGCACUAUUUAAAAUUGAAUAAAAUGUCUGCAGAUAAUAUUGAAAAGUUAUAUCAAAAUUAUGGAAUUCUCGCCGAUGCUAAAGAUGACAUUUCAAAGCAUGAAAAAGAAUACUUGGAAAUACUUGCAGCGGUAAAAGGAUCAGAUAAAGAAAAGCGCUUGGCGUCGCAAUUCAUUGCGAAAUUUUUUAACAGUUUUCCUAAUUUGACGGACCAAGCUAUUGAAGCUCAGUUUGAUCUUUGUGAGGAUGACGAUGUUGCGAUUCGCAAACAAGCCAUUAAAGACCUACCAUUAAUGUGUAAAAAUAACAAAGAACACACUACUAGAAUUGCCGACAUUUUGGCACAACUUUUACAAUCAGAAGAUGCCACAGAAAUUAAUGUUGUUACCAAUUCCUUGGUCACCAUUUUAAAAAAUGACCCAAAAGGCACUUUAACUGGUUUAUUCUCACAAAUUCACCAGAGCACAGAUAGUGAAGUACCCAAUGAAGUUGUUAGAGAGAGGUGUAUUAAAUUUUUGGCUACAAAAGUAAAGCAGCUAGGUAGGGAUGUUAUUGAUAAAGAUGCUGAAGACCUUAUUAUCUCCGAAGGAAAGAAAAUCCUACAGGAUUCCGUAGCUGAAGAAUUUGAACAUAUAAUGGAUUUAUUAACUUGGUCAAGACUUGGAAAGACACCAGCAGGAAAAAAAGAAAUGACACAGCUGAUAGCUGCACUGGCCUUUACGCCCGGGGAUUGGCAUCCAGAAGAUCCUGAAUAUGUUGAUAGGCUCAUCCAAUGCACUCAACAUGCAAUACCCUUAUUUACUAAUCAAGUGGAUUCAACGCAGUUUGUCAACAUUUUCUGUGAUCAUGUCUUGCUUCGAUGGAAUGAUAUUGCAACCACAGGUGGAGGGACAGAUGUAAAACUUGAUAUAUUAAAAGCAUUUGCUGAACUUACUGAACACUGUGGAGAGAUAGAAAAUGCUCAGGACAAAAUAAAUAUUGUUUAUGAUGUUCUAAUGAACUAUUUACCUGAAGCACCAGUUGAAAAUGAAGAAGAGAAUGCUGUUAAAGGAGAAGAUGGAGAAAACAAACCAGAAGACACAAAAUCUACGACAGCACCAUCUUUACAAUUUUCUCAUGUUGAAUGUGCGCUAUUUGCUAUUCACUCAUUGUGUCGGAAAGCACCAGAUGCUCUUGGAGCAGAUACUGCACGACUAAAGACUUUACGCUUACGACUUCAAUACACAGCUAGGCUAACUCAAGGAUAUAUUAAAAAACUAAAGGAAGUUACACAGAGCAAAAAAGGAGAAGAUGCCAAUACAGAAGAAAAUAAACUGAAAAUAGCUGCUUUAAAAACAACAUCAAAUAUUAACACACUUAUACGUGAUAUAUUUCGCACACCUCCUAGCUUCAAGAGCAAAGUACAUCUUUCAUUCCAGGCAAAAAAAGUUGAAAAAGAGAUAACAACAUCUAGCGAUACAGAAGAUAAAGAUAAAUCUUCAUCAGGUUCAAAAAGACACAGACCUAUCACCUUUGACAAUGGUGAACAAAAGGAAGCACCCGAGAAACGUGCCCGUAGUGGUGAUAGAAAUCUUAAAAUGUAUACACCACCUUCGGGAAAAUAUAGUUCCAGAUUAAAUACCACUGGACGUUUCUCUGGCCCCAAUUCUGGGCGAGGGAGAGGCAAAAGGGAAUUCUGGAACAGGGGCACGCCCUUUAGAAAGCGCUACUAAAUUGACUAAAAACUUCACAUAAUCCCAUGGACUUCUCCUUUCUUUUAAGGACAUAAUUAUAUAGAAAGUCGCCCUUUAAUAAAAGAAAACACACCAUUUAAAAAACAAACUAUGGAAUCUUUUUCCAUUGUACACAAUAUUUAUAUGGCUGAUUAGCAAAAAAAUAUAUAACAAAAAAAAAACAAGAAAUAGUUUUAAAAUGAAUAACAUGAACUUCAGUUUUGAGAUUGGGCGAUCGCCGUUUAUAUUUCGUCGUAUACUUCGUUGAUUAGUUCUGUUUUCAAACUUUUUUAGCAGUUCCAGAAGAAAUAAUAUUGAUUAUUUCUCAUAUGUUGCAGUAGUUUUCAGUGUACCUUCAGCUACAUAGUGUACGUAGAUUUUAUUUGACAAAUUUAUUCAUAAAAUAAUGCAUGCUUUAUCUAAUUAAUAUUAUAAGUUCUCAUCUUUGCCUUCAUAUGUAAAUGGUAAGUAAACUAAUUAUCUACAAUUAAUUAAAUAAGUUGGUGACUUGGAACUUCAUUAUAAGCUGUAAGUAUUAUAUUUUGUAGUAUUUAAAAUAUUAUAUUAACUACAUCAUACAACUUAUGCAAAAUGACAUUGGCUGCCAACAACUCAUGAUUACGGUAAGUCAUUUGAAAAUGUAUUAAUAAUAUAUCAUUUAAAUAGGAUGGUCGAUCAAAUGGAGCAAUUACUAGAACAUGGCUGCAAUUGAAAAUUGUUUCAGAUCUGUUUGUCACACUUCUUUUUUAACCAAAGAAGUAACCACCUGGAAUAAAUUUAUCUUCAUAUAAUAAAAUGAUUUUUACGGAAA